ACCAUAUACUCAUUCGUUACAUCACCCACAUCCACAAACCCUUCUAUUUUGCCUGCUCAUCUUUACACGGUUAUGACUUGAUGAAUAUGCAUGGAGUUCCCCAACCUUUAUCCCCAAAUCUCAAGCCCUUGAAUUCCAGUCUUUCCCAUAUCUCCUUUUCCUUCCAAAAUCAACCGACUUUUUCCAUACCCAUUUGCAGAUUUGGCUAUGGCGGUCGUCUCAAUUGUAACUUUCUUAUUCGCGCUUCGUUUCCCUGCUCACCCAUCUACCGGAAUUUGGAUGGAAGGAGAAGAAGAAUAGGACGAAAUUACUCUAAAACUCUUGUCAAAGCCGGUAGUAGAGAGUCCCCUUAUCAAGUUUUGGGUGUCUCUCCCUCUGCUACUCCUGAUGAGAUCAAAAAGGCUUAUAGGAAACUUGCUUUGAAGUAUCAUCCUGAUGUAAACAAAGAGCCCAAUGCUCAAGAGAAAUUUAUGAGAAUAAAGCAUGCAUACAAUACAGUACUCAACUCUGAUUCAAGAAGGAAGUAUGAUUCUGGAAACCGUACAUCUGAAGCAUACAAGCCUGCUCAAGAUGAAGAGUUUUAUGGUUUUGGUAAUUUUGUGAGGGAUGUUCAAAUAUCAUUAGGGGACUUCCUUAGAGAUCUGCAAGAAGAAUAUAAGAACUGGGAAGCAAGUGCUCCUUCUGGAGCAAAGCCCAAGAGCUUAUGGGAGGAAUUAGGGGAAAUUGGAGAAGAAUUUGUUGAGUUUCUUGAAAAAGAGCUGAACAUUACAGAUAGUGAAGAUGAAACACAAAGAAGAUAUGAAGAACCUGCAACUUCUGGCAAGAGUAGAACUGGAAAUGAUAGUAAAGGAAGCAGUAUUGAAGAAAACAUAGAUGAGAUUGAAGCUGCACUUGCUCAACUAAAAAGGGAAUUAGGGUUGUGAAAGCUAAUCCCAACACCAAAUGUGGCAUCAUUUUUUUAAUACAAAUGUAUUUAGCUUUUUAAAUGUUGUAAGUUCUUCGAAUUUGUUCAGAAAAUUAGUUAUUUAUUUGCAAAUACAAAGCCAUAAUUGUAUCCAAUUACAAAUUGAUUCAAGUUGUCAUAUACAAUAAUUAUUAUGUUAUAGCAAUUAGAAAUGUGUUUUAUGA